AAUACCAGCGGCAUCAUUCUUUCCCUUUCUCAUUUUUCUCUCUACUCUCCACUCUCCUCCUUCCUCCUUCCUCAUUUCCCUUUUCUUUGCCUUUUUUUUUGUUCUUUUUUCUUGAGACGAUUGUUGUCCACUGGUUCGAUUUUCUCUUCAGAGUCCGGUUCUAUGGCUGCCACUGCCGCCGCAACAGCUAGUACUGAACGGGCUGAUGCUGCUGCUAAAAACCCGCCUUCAACGACCCUCUUUAAUUAAUUGUGUUUUUGUUUGAGCUCUGCGUGGAGAACAUCGGAGUCGUCAAUGGAGUGCGCCUGCAAGGGGCGGGGAACUCGGUGCAUAGGUCCGGCAAGGAGAUGCUGUGCUCGCUGCGGAGCCGUUGCUUAUUGCUCUGUAUCUCAUCAGAUUUCUCAUUGGAAGGAUCACAAAGAAGAGUGCGAAAGGUUAGAACAGCAAAUGAAGCGGGCCGAUUAAUUGAAUGAUUUUCCUUUCACUUUCUCUGAAGAAGCUACGCUUCGUAUAAGUGAAAAGGAAGAGAGCAGGUGCUCCUUCUUGAACACAAGGGGCAUUCAUGGAGUGGGAGUGUGGAAGUGUGAAUGUACUUGUGGGGCAUUGUCUGCUUCCUUGGAUUAUGCCAGGUUUCUUUCAUCUUUUGCUUUUCUGUGAUGUAGUGAUUGUGCACAUGUGUUAGCCCAUGUGUUUUGUGAAUGUAAAUAGCCCAUGCCAUUCCCAAGUUUCUGUAUAUUUUGAGUAACCAUGCCAUUCAUGUGUUUUCUGUAUAUUUUGAGUGUUGUCUAAUCUGCAAUUUGAAUAGAAAACAUUUGCAUUU